AUGAUUAGGUGAUGUGAACUAUUAACAGAACAAAAACUAAUAUGAAAAAGGAGAUCUUGUUUGAAAAGGUAGUUAUAUUUCUCGUCCCAGCUGUCUAGGCUUGGAAGCUCCACAGGCUUUAGGAUGUCCAGUCCCUGCUAUUGCUACUGGGCAGUGUCAUGAGCUUACCCGUACCUACAAUUAUGCAGUACGCAUUGGCUUGACAAGCAUGGGCCAUAUUGGAUAAACGUGUUUUUUAAUUACAUCCAAAACUUCAACUUAUUAAUAUACGAAAGGUAUAGCUAGAAAGAGAACUUAAUUUGAAAGAGACACAGAAUCUACCGAAAAAGUGAAAAAGGUAGUACCAUGGAUCAAGCAUGAAAGGCAAGGAAAAAUAUACUUUGAGGUAACGAAAAGGUUGGAAUCUUAUUCCAAUCCCACAAAGCCAAAAAUGACUUAUUUUCAUCAGAAAUCUACAAUUUUCCUUCAUCUUUAGAUUAAGGUUUGGAAUCUUUUAUGGGUUUAGUGUAUCAACUAUGACAAUGGAAUUCCCACAGAGGAAGCAUUGCAUCGUACGAGCCUAUGUUCUUGCAGCCCAUACACAAUUGUCAUUAAUAAUCCUUUUUUUCUACAAAUGGAAUGACUGUUUCAUUUACUUCUGCUAUCAAGAUUAUGGGUUUCUUUUCUUUCUACCUCUCGUUGUUCAUUUCGCUUUCGAUUGUUCCGUUCUCGAACAUUCUGGUAGUACAAGCUUUCACAGGUACAUAUGGAGUAAAUUAUGGCAGAAUAGCUGACAAUAUCCCACCACCCGAAAGCGUCGUAACACUUCUAAAGGCGGCAAAGAUAAAAAACAUCAGGAUUUAUGAUGCCGAUCAAGGAGUUUUGAGGGCAUUUAGAGGGUCUGGAAUCGAGAUAAUUGUUGGACUUGGGAAUGAGAAUUUGAGAGAUAUAAGUGUAAAUCCAGAUCGUGCGGUAGACUGGGUGAAAGAAAAUGUCGAGCCGCAUAUACCCGGCACACUCAUUCGUGGGAUCGCUGUUGGAAAUGAGGUGCUAGGGAGUGUAGAUCCCACUCUUUGGGAAGUUCUUGUGCCGGCAGUGAGAAAUGUCUACAAUGCUCUUGAUCGGUUGCGACUCACUAAUAGGAUUGAGGUCUCGAGCCCACAUUCAGAGGCUGUUUUCGCAAAUACGUUCCCUCCUUCAGCAGGGGUAUUUAAGGACAGUGUUCUUCCUUACAUGAGGCCACUUCUACAGUUCUUUUCGCAGAUUGGUACUCCGUUCUACAUAAAUGCUUAUCCGUUUUUGGCCUAUAUCAGCGAUCCAUCGCACAUUGAUCUGAAUUACGCUCUUUUUCAAAAGAGUGCCGGUAUAUAUGAUUCGAGGACUAAACUACACUACGAUAAUAUGUUUGACGCCAUGGUUGAUGCUUCUUACGCUGCAUUGGAAAAGGCCGGUUUUGGUAAAAUGGAAGUCAUAGUAUCCGAAACCGGUUGGGCUUCGAAGGGAGAUGAAAAUGAAGCAGGAGCCACUAUGAACAAUGCGAGGACUUACAAUCGUAAUUUGCGCAAACGACUACUCAAAAAGAAAGGGACUCCUUAUCGACCUAAGACUCCAGUGAAAGCUUAUAUCUUCGCGCUGUUCAAUGAAAACUUGAAGCCCGGGCCAACAUCUGAGAGAAACUUUGGUUUGUUUAAAGCUGAUGGCAGCGUAUCAUAUAACAUCGGGUUUACUGGGCUAGUACCUAGUUCGGCAACAUCGUCUCUUCUCUCCAUAAAGGUCCGCGAACUUGAAGGAUUGGCUCAAAUAGCCUUUGCUGGUCUUGUUCUUGUUUUGAUAUUAUGAUCCAUUCAAAAUCAACAGACAAUCAGAUUGUAAUGGAGAUUCAUUCAUUUGUUUGACAUUAUCUUUCAAGUUCCUGCCCGUGCAGUCGAUGUUCUUACCACCUGCCUUUAAUUCAUUAUUGAAAAUUGUUCCCUUAAACCUGUUUCAGAUAUAUGAAAAUAAAUAUUGUUUAUUUACUUCCCCAA